CCUGUAGGGUCUGUGCAGAAUAAACAUGAGGAGGUCACUUUUUGUUUUUUCAGACCAAAGUCCUGCAUUCAGCAACAGGGUCAAAUUCCAGUUCCUCCCUCUCAGCAGAGCCGGAGGAGUGUCAGCGAGCUCAAAGCUCUUGACGACUUAGGAAAACACCACGAGAGAAAAUCUGAGCUGCAGUAACGUGAGAGGGGGAGGAAAAGAAACUGAUCUGCUGCAGUCACAGCCUCGUUUUGCUCUUCAGUCUCCUUGCGGUAGAAUUUAAAUCAUGGGGGCCAACGACCUCAACGUGAACUCUGACCCGGCAGGGUCGCGACCUUCUUCUCGCCACCGGAGUCCUUUCAACAGCAUCAAGUUCUUCGUGUUUUGCCACAGUUUGCUGCAGCUGGCGCAGCUGCUGGUGUCUGGCUACAUGAAGAGCUCCAUCUCCACCAUCGAGAGACGCUAUGGCUUCUCCAGCCAGAAGUCGGGCCUCCUGGCAGCCUUCAACGAGGUGGGGAACACAGUCCUCAUCAUCUUUGUGAGUUUCUUUGGCAGUCGGGUCCACCGGCCGCGGUUCAUCGGCGGCGGAGCUCUGCUGGCCUGCCUCGCCUCGCUGCUAAUGGCGCUGCCGCACUUCUUGAACGGACCGUACGAAUACACCGACCACAUCAGCUCCUCCAGCGAUAACAGCACGGGCCUCUGCCUAUCAGGAAGCCCCUUCACCACCUCAUCCUCCAAUCAGAGCUGCAGCCCGGAGGAGAGCCCCGCCCAGCAGGGCGUGUACCUUCUGCUGCUGUUGGGCCAGCUGCUGCUGGGUAUCGGAGCCGUCCCCAUCCAGCCCUUCGGCAUCUCCUACAUCGACGACUACGCCAGCAAGAGGAACUCGCCGCUCUACCUCGGCAUCCUCCUCGCUGUGACCUCCAUCGGCCCGGCCUUUGGCUUUAUCACCGGAUCCUUCAUGCUGCGCUAUUACGUCGACUUUGACAAGUUAUCCGAAGACGAGAUCAUGCUGGACUCCAAAGACCUGCGCUGGGUGGGAGCCUGGUGGCUGGGCUUCCUGGUAGCCUCCUGCCUCCUCUUCCUCGCUGCGCUGCCCUACCUCUUCUUCCCCAGAAACAUGCCCAAAGAGGACGGCGAGGAUGACGUCGAGUCCAGAGCGGACUGUAAGCAACAGCAGACAAACCCACUCCAGGAACUGUCCCUCCUUCAGUUCCUCAAACGUUUCCCUCAUAUCGCUCUGCGGACACUGCAGAGUCCCAUCUACCUGCUGGUGGUUCUGGCGCAGGUCAACCUAGCAGCGCUGCUGGCCGGCCUCGCCACCUUUAUGGCCAAGUUCAUCGAGAGACAGUUCAGCCAGACCGUCUCCUUUUCCACCAUGAUGAUAGGAGGAGUUGGUAUCCCGCUGGCGGUGCUGGGCACCGUCCUGGGUGGAGUUCUGAUGCGAAGAUUUAAUGUCUCGGUCAGUGGCGCCAGCAAGUUGUGCACCACUGCCAUCCUGCUCUGCACGAUCUCCGCCACGCCGCUGCUGUUCAUUGGCUGCCCCACCCAGAUGGUCGCUGGGGUCUUUCCUCCCAGCAAUGAUGAGUUUUCCUGCAGUUCCAGCUGUCGAUGUCCUCCUGAGGCGUUUAACCCGGUCUGUGGUUCCGACGGGGUGGAAUUCAGGUCUCCCUGUCAUGCUGGCUGUAACGCCACCGAGAUGGACACCAACUCCAAAGUCAUAAACUACACUGGGUGUCAGUGUGUCGGCGGUCUUGGCUACGCGUCUCCCGGGACCUGCGGCAGUGGAUGUGUCCACCUCCUCCGUCCCUUCAUGGUUCUGCUGGGUCUCACCAGCUUCAUUGCCUCCUUCUCCCAAACCCCAUCAUACAUGAUGAUACUCAGGACGGUGCCCACCGAGGACAAGUCUUUUGCGGUGGGAGUUCAGUACAUGCUGUUCAGGGUGCUCGCCUUCAUGCCCGGCCCGGUGUUGUAUGGCAGCGUCAUCGACACCACCUGCAUCCUGUGGGGCAAGAAAUGCGGCAGGCAGACGUCCUGUAACUACUACAACCUGGACCGCUUCAGACAGAGGUUUCUGGGCCUGCAGGUGGUUUUUGCGUGCGGGGGGCUGCUCUGCUUCCUGCUGACCGUCGUGGUCCUGCGCAGGAGGGCCGGACGUCAGGAACCAGAGCCGAGCGUUAAAGGAGGGUACGAACUGGUGAACGAGCAGAAAACAGCGGAGAACUCUUCUUCUAAAGAAAAAGAACUGACAGGCAUCAAGACCUGAGGAAGCACAACCAGAGGAUGCGGGGAAAGACACAGAAAGGCUGAAGGAGGAGGAAAAAGAAGAGGAUCAGCUCUGAAAGUUCUCUAAGACGGUCAGAAAGGGACACGGCAGCUCCUACAAUGCAAACUACUCAGUGUGUGUUGAGUUUUUCUCCUGACUUUCAUGUAAAGGACCUGUCAGCCACUACAUUGAGGCUAAGACACUUUUUGAUACUGUUUUCGUACACUUCAAUACCCUGCUUAUAAUGUGAUGUCAUUCAUGUUGUUGUUCAAAUGAUUUUUAGCCACGUUAGCAGCAUGUCUCCAGGUCCACUACUAUUGGAUGGAUUUUUUUUUUUUUUUUUUGGGUGUUCAUGGUCCCCAGAGGAUGAAUCCCACUCAUUCAUGUUUCAUAAAUACCUGCAGGACUAAUGACAUUCCCGUCGGCCUCAGCUCUAUUUUUUGCUUACUGGCGAUUAGCAAAUGUUAGCAUGCUAACAUGGUAAACUGAGAUGGUAGGCAGCAUGUUAGCAUGCACACAUAACAAAGAGCUCUAUCAGUAAAUUAUAUUCAUGCCAUUCAUGCGUCAACCAAAGAAGGAAUCUACUGCUCAUGCUCUGUGUGUCCAAAAUGUGGAAGCUUGAAGACAUUUUUUAGGAAACCUGGAUACUAUCGUGUGGAUACUAACAGCAGAAUAUUACAAUCACGAAUAAACUCAAGGUUUAAGAGCAAACUGAAUAUGUUGACAUCGUACGAGUCAUGUGACUGUUGGCAUCAGGCUUUUUUUUUUGCCAAAAAAAAAUGCCAAAAAUUAUCUGAAUUAUCUGGAAAAAAAAGUUUCUAUUUGUUUUAGGGAGUUUGAAAAACCCACAAACAUUAGUCUGAAUUCAUAAGUCUGACCUUUUGUAAUGUAAUGACUGAAAAUCACAUUCACAUACGUAUUUUUAAGCAAAGGAAAUGUAUACAAUCCUUCAAACAGAUUCUUUUUCAAAUGAUCUUUUAUACUGACUGACUGCUGUGUCUCAUAAGGCCAAUUCACAGAUAUCCAAACAGACAUCUUGGAGUCAUUUUGUUAAAUGUUUGUUGUUUCGUAAGGGGUUUUUAUAUAGGGGUGUUUUUAUAAAUAUUUUUGACAUUCUGACAUUUCGUGGUGUUCAGUAUUUACAACUCUUCUAUGUUUGAAAUGGAGUUUUUCCAACAGGCCACUGUACAGCACCAAGGGAACAGUUCAGUAUUUGCUGUGUUUUUGAGCCCAAAGAUGUAUCCUGUGCACAAGAAUUAAAAAUUCAAAAUCUUUUUUAGGAUUUCUGAGCUUUUAAACUGGAGAAGACAAGUGUUGCUAAUUGAAAAUGUAUUUUUCUUCCAAAGCAUAAAUCCUGUGUCUGCUGUUUUUUUUUUUUCAUGUGAUCCUGUGUCUGCUGAGUUUUUCAAGGACGGAGGCACAGAUCAAAUGAACUGUCUAAAAUAGCAACUAAACUUAACACAAUAACAUUAGCAUCACUUUCUGUCAGUCCCAGUCACUGGCCUUUGGUCUAAGGACGGAGAAGAUUCUGCGCUAGUGGUUCUGUGUCUCUGCCUCCUCACUGGAUCAUUCCUGUCUUUGAUAAAUGUUUCUAAACUGAAACUGUGAGCGUCUCUCUGAGACUCCAAGCUUAAACUUCAAGCCAGUCUGAGUGAAAUAUAAUAAAACUCUGAACACAGA